AUGAGGAUUUUUGCUAGCACUUACUGUGUUUCUUCGUGCCAAUCAAUCUGCGUGUGUGUUUGGCUGUUGGCAGAGCCGCCGCACGCGGUCUUCCUGGAGGUGGACGGGCGGCGGCUGGACCCCGGCAACGUGUUCCUGCCGGUGCUGGAGGGCUCGGCGCUGGCCGUGGGCUGCGUGGCUGAGGGCGGAGAGCCGCCGCCGCGCCUCUCGUGGCGGCUGGCGCUCGCCGGGCAGCCGGACGCGCAGGCGCAGCCGCAGCAGCACCAGCACGGCGCCGUGCCCCUGCUGAGCACGCAGCCCGCCGCGCCGCUGCCCGCCGCGGCGCACGUGCUGCGCUCCGAGGCGCGGCUGGCGCGGCUGCUGCGCGCGCACCACAACGCCAGCGUCGCCUGCCUCGUGCAGCACCCCGCGCUGCCGCAGCCCGCGCUACAGGUCUCGCUGCUGCUCGACGUCCAGUACAGCCCGUCCUUCGCCAUCAGCCGCACGCCCGGCUUCGGCUUCCCGCUGCUGGAGGGCAUGGCCGUCUCCCUCAAGUGCGACGUCGACUCCAACCCGCCGUCCAGCCCCGUCUGGGUCAAAGAUGACGGCGCACCCCCGGUAGCCCAGUCCAACGACGGUUUCCUCAACUUCAGCUCCAUCAGCCGCGAGCACAUGGGCUGGUACAAGUGUACCAGUCGCGACGCCAGCUCCAUCGGCUACUACCUCAACGUCAUCUACGACGGCGAGGCCGGCGUGGAGGAGGACGCAGCAGGUGGAGUCGGCGGCGGCGGUGGCGGCGGCGGUGGCGGCGGCGGGGAGGCCAUGUCGGAGGCGGCGCUGGGCAGCGCGGUGACGCUGCAGUGCCCGGGCGGCGCGUGCUGGCGGCGCUACGGCGAGGCGGUGGGCGCAGGCCCGCAGCUGUCUCUGGAGCGCGUGCUCUACCAGGAGGCGGGCGUCUACCGCUGCGAGCCGGACCGCCGCGCGCAGGGGCUGCUCGACCGCCGCCGCGCCGCGCUCAGCGUCCGCCUCAACGUCACCGCCGCCGGCGGGGUGUGUGUUGCAGGGGCGCCGGUGGUGCACCCAAGCAACGCUACGGUGUCGGCGCGCAGCGGGCAGAGCGUCACGCUGCGAUUCGAGUUCUGCGCCAACCCGGCGGCGCAGCGCGCCCUCUGGCUCGUGUCGUCCGCCGCCGCCGCGGCGCUGCUGCGGCCCGGAAACGCCACCGGCCGCCUCACCGCCCACAACCUCACCGCCGGCAGUUCGCCGCUGUGCCGCGAGGCGGCGCUGACGCUGGCGGCGGCGUCGCCGUCGGACGCGGGCGAGUACUCGCUGGUGGUGCGGUCGCCGCGCGGGCUGGCCGAGGGCAGCGUGCUGCUCGCCGUGACGCGCGCCUCCGGCCUGGCGGCGGCGCCGCGGCGCCUCUCCGCCCCCGCGGCCGCCGCCGCAGCCGCCGCCGCAGCCGCCCACGCCGCUCUGCUCGCCGCCCGUCUCGCGGGCGCCGGAGCAUAG